CAUCUGCCCGCUGCUAGUUGCCUGCAUGAGUUUCCUUGAUCUGGACAUACGGCCAGGGCAAGGUGUAGGGAUCUUCGAGUUAGGGGCCUCUUUAUGGACCGUCCUCGAUCUCUUGCGAGAGGAUAGGACACGCUACCCACAUGUCGACGUGAAGUUUGACACCACGCAGCCUGCCAUAUCUCCCAUAUUGCUUCAUUUGAGGCCGCAUAUUGAUUUGUUGUUCUCGCCGCGCGCCCAGCGCCUGCAUACGAUCUCAAUUCGUCGCCUUCGACACCUUCCCAACAGCUCUUCUCCAGCAAACCUAACACUCAGAUAUUCUCCUCAUGGACGUUCCGAAAGCCCUGUAAAUCGUGCGGAUUCACCGGGUGGUGGUGGAUCACACGAAUCCUUGAUAUUAUCCUCACCAACCACAGUCCUUCGUAAAUCGGGCGUGAACAAAAUAUUUGGUCCAACAUAUCAAGGCGACACACUUUCCUUCCCCGGUAUCUGGUUCUCAUUUGACGAGGAUGGUGGCUCACCACUACCAUACUCUCAUCUACACCAUCCCUCUUCACCUCCCUUAGGUGCUAUGUCAACGACACCUCCUUCUGGAAAAGGGUCUGUAGAUAGAAACGCCGAGGUGAAACGAGUCGCCGUUUGCCAGAGAGUAAAGGACGCGUACGAUGCCCUUGGUGAAGUUUUGGAAUGUCCGUCCAUGGAAGGGGAGGUACGCACUGUCAUAGCUGAGCCACGGAAAGGGGUGGCACUUUACUUCCAUAGCAUUUCUCAGGAUCCACCUCCGUCCGUCCAUAUUCGAAUUGGACACACAACCUCAGAAGACCUCAUAUGCGAUCUUGGGUCACCGUUACGCGUUUUCUACAAGGAGGAUGACAGGAUGACAAUCCAUUCCGGUAAAGGGCUACAAGAGCCUGAUGAAGCAUAUUUCUACAACUAUUUCCAGUAUGGGAUGGAUGUUCUGUUGUCAGGGACAUCUCAUAAAGUGCGCAAGAUCAUAUUGCACUCAAAUCUUCCUGGCUCAUUCCUGUUUCAACGCUAUAAACGAUGUCCCUGGGAAAUACAUGUCAAUGGUUCAGAUCCAGACAGAGGUAUGUCGUACUUUCCCCAACGUUGUCGGAAAAAGCAAUGGCAAAACAAUUAUGUUUCAGCGCCAAACAUAGCACGGUUAGGGUCCCGGAUAGACACUGUGGGGCCAUUGCUACAAACCUCUAGCCAUCAAGAACCCCCAUCGAUGGUGCUUGAUCGAGCAGCGGAUGUCCCUAACGGUCCGACACUUCCAAGCGGGCUCACGAAAUUACUAGGCUUCGACGGUGUCGUGAUGGAAGUAACUGACUUAGGGGACAUCCUAAGUGUUAUGCUUUUUUGAUAAAGUAUCGAAGGAUGAUGGCUGUCAUUGCGCUCAAGUGCCUUUGGACGCACCACGAGCGUCAGAUACAUCACCUUGACUCUCAUCAACCGGUAUUCAUGGCAGUCACACGACAGGGUGCACUCUGACGAAUACAUUACAGCACCGUGAGCUUCGGAAAUGGUGGGCUGCUAUGAAACGCGUAAAUAGCUGACGAGGACGGUAAUCAAUAUCACUCGUAUUAAGUAAUUGUAUAUGGGUUUACAAUUUAAUGUAUACGCUACAAAAACACCACGAUGUUGGACAUUCC